GUGCCGCCGCGCCGCCCAAUCAGCGCCUGCAGCGCGUGGGCUCGGGAUUCAAACUGCGGCGCCUGGGACUCGGGGAUCGGCGCUGGUCGCCGCAGUGGCGUGCGGGCCCAUGGAGCACCGCAUCGUGGGGCCCGGGCCAUACCGGGCCACCAGGCUGUGGAAUGAAACAGUUGAACUUUUUCGCGCCAAGAUGCCAUUACGGAAACAUCGCUGUCGUUUCAAAAGUUACGAGCAUUGCUUCACAGCGACCGAAGCUGUGGAUUGGCUACACGAGCUGCUGAGGUGCAGCCAAAACUUUGGCCCCGAAGUGACCCGCAAACAAACGGUCCAGCUGCUAAAAAAAUUCCUGAAGAACCACGUUAUUGAAGACAUCAAGGGAAAAUGGGGCCAGGAAGACUUCGAGGACAACCGUCACUUGUACAGAUUUCCUCCUUCUUCACCCCUGAAGCCUUAUCCAAAGAGGCCCCCAUAUCAAAAGGAUGUUAUUGAAUUUCCAAAAUGGAAUGAUCCCCCACCAGGCACUUCACAAGAGAACAUCCCAGUGAGGCCACUUGUGAUGAAUCCUGAGAUGUGGUACAAGCGUCACAGUAUUGCUAUUGGAGAGGUGCCGGCUUGCCGUCUUGUCCACCGCAGACAGCUGACAGAGGCCAAUGUAGAAGAGAUCUGGAAGUCGAUGACAUUAUCAUAUUUACAGAAAAUCCUUGGCCUGGAUUCCUUAGAAGAAGUUUUAGACAUUAAACUUGUCAACUCCAAGUUCAUCAUCCAUAAUGUAUACAGUGUGAGCAAGCAAGGAGUUGUUAUCCUUGAUGACAAGUCAAAAGAACUUCCUCAUUGGGUACUGUCAGCUAUGAAGUGUUUGGCAAAUUGGCCUAAUUGUUCAGAUUUGAAGCAGCCUAUGUAUUUAGGAUUUGAAAAAGAUGUCUUUAAAACUAUAGCUGAUUACUAUGGUCACUUGAAAGAGCCUCUACUUACUUUUCACCUUUUUGAUGCCUUUGUCAGUGUAUUAGGUUUGUUACAGAAAGAGAAAAUGGCCAUCGAAGCCUUUCAAAUUUGCUGCCUCCUCCUGCCCCCUGAAAAUAGGAGAAAGUUACAGCUGUUGAUGAGGAUGAUGGCAAGGAUCUGCUUAAAUAAGGAGAUGCCACCACUGUGUGACGGCUUUGGCACCCGAACACUGAUGGUUCAGACAUUUUCCCAUUGUAUCUUGUGUUCCAAAGAUGAAGUGGACUUGGAUGACUUACUAGCUGCUAGGUUGGUGACAUUUCUGAUGGACAAUUACCAAGAGAUUCUGAAAGUCCCCUUGGCCUUGCAGACCUCCAUAGAGGAGCGUGUGGCCCAUCUACGAAGAGUCCAGAUAAAAUACCCAGGAGCUGACAUGGAUAUUACUUUAUCUGCUCCAUCAUUUUGCCGUCAAAUCAGCCCAGAGGAAUUUGAAUACCAAAGAGCAUAUGGCUCCCAGGAACCUCUGGCAGCCUUGUUGGAGGAAGUCAUCACAGAUGCCAAACUCUCCAGCAAAGAAAAGAAGAAAAAAUUGAAGCAGUUUCAAAAAUCAUAUCCUGAAGUCUAUCAAGAACGAUUUCCUACACCAGAAAGUGAAGCUCUUCUGUUUCCUGAAAAACCUAAAGCAAAACCACAGCUGCUGAUGUGGGCGCUAAAAAACCCCUUCCAACCAUUUCAAAGAACUAGAAGUUUUCGGAUGUAAUACUUGGAUAGAGACCUGUUGUUGCUGUUGUUUUGAGUAAAUGAUUGGCUAUAGGAUUCUGGUGGUGGAAGAACGAGGCACAUAAACCACAGACUACUGAAUUAUAAGUACAAAGAUUUCCUGACUCCAAGAAACAUUGAGCCAUUAUCAGUAUUUUUAUAAAACUCAGUGCUAUUUUUAAAGGGUACCAAUCUAUUAAAAAUAAUGAGACAACUAUAUAUAGUGGUAAUGUUAACAUGUUUGUAAUUGUUAAAAAUUUAAGGUGUCUUCAUUUUCUUAUUUGUUGUUUUCUGUUGUGUUUGUAAAAUAUUUGUGUGUGCAUCCUAGUUACUGAUGUCUGUGAUGAUCAUGACUGAAAGUCUUGUAUAUACUUGAAUGAGAAAGACACUGGGUGCUGUCACUGUGAUGCUCUUGACCCAAUAGCCAGUUGUGGUUUCGGGUAUAUACAUUGUUUUUCACUGUUGCACCAAGAUUCUUCAUGUUCUUUAUUACAGUAGCUGUGUCUUUUAUUGCAGAUUUGUUGGAUGUUGUGACAGAUUUUAUGAAAGCUGGUUCUUCUAUGAUGUACAUAUUAGUUGGUGUUUAUUUGUAUGUGAAGUAGAUUUUCUUGUGCCUGCAGUGGUAUAAUUUCAGUCUUGGCUAAAGAUGGAAAAUUGAACUGGAUAAAUUCUUUCAGUCUCAUUCGCCCUGUGAUUCUAAGUCAAAUCUUUGUUGUUUCAUGAAGCAAAUGGGUUAAGUAAAAUGAGACUACUUCCUUUAUAAGUAUAUUUUCCACAACGUCCUUAACCUUUUAAAGUAAAUGGAAUGUAAAUAAAAGCCAUUCUUUUUAAUACUGUA